GAUUAAUGAUGGCUAUUGAACGAGUGAUGCAAAAGCAAAGUGGAAUACAAGAUCCUAAUAAUAAACAACAACCAUUUAAUUUUGAAGAAGAAUUGCGACAGACAAACAAGGCACUUGAAAAAGCCCUCAGUGACAAGCAAGCUCUAGAAAAAACGUAUCAAGUUUUGAUGGAAAAGCAUCAACAACUUCAUAAUCAAUAUGAUGAUUCACAAGCCGAGAAGGAAGUUUUAGAGCAGCGAGUAAAAGAUUUGGAAGUCAACUUGUCACAUACAAAUCAAAGUGGCAGCAGAGCUGAUUUCCUUCUGAAGACCCAGAUUGAUGAUCUUCGUCAACAAAUGCAAGUAUACAUUCAUUUUAAAAGCUUUAACUAUUUAUCAAUUGGAUUAUUAUUAACGAUAUUAUUUACACAAUACAGAGCUCGGAGCGAAACUAAACGAAGUGAAAUCGAAAAAACGAUAGAGGAACAAAAUAAGUUGAUCUCGGAUUUCAAAAGUCAGGUUAAAGAUUUGUCUUCUAGAGCUGAUGAAGCUGCUCGUCUUAAAGAUCAACUUGAUGAAUAUAGACAUGCUGCGGACAAACUCAAGAAAACUGAAAACGUUAUCGAAAAAUACAAGAGGAAAUUGGAAGACGGUGAUAAUCUAAGGAGAUCAUUGAAGACUUUGGAAGACGAGAAUCGAGAACUAAUCGAGCGUAAUAAACAAAUCGAAGCAGAAUAUCGGAAAGUAGCAGCCUUCAAAACCAUUAUGGAACAAUAUAAACAUCAAAUAGAUAAACUUGAAACGGAAAAAAGAGAGCUCACUGAUCUUCGAAAUAAAUAUGAAUCCGAAUAUAAACAUAUGAGGGCGAAGAUCGAAGCGUAUGAAAUGGAAAAAGCUCGGGACAUGGAAAAAAUAGAAUUAAUGGAAGAUAGACUCCGAGAAUUAGAAUUUGUUGACGGUGUAAAUCGUGAAACAAAUUAUGAUAAUAACCCGCAUUAUGGCGAACUCUCAGAUGCACUCUCAGGGACAACCAUGACACAAUUGAAGUUAAAGAUUAACGAAUUACAACAUGAAUUAGAUGGAUGGCGUGAAGGAAAACCAACUGAAUCAGAAAUUGUUGCACUACAAAUCCUGCUUGAUGAUGCUAACCGAAUGAAACAGAGAUUGGAAAAGGAUUUGGCAAAAGCCAACAAAGAGAAAUUCGAAAUGGAGAGUAAACUUGCUCGUUAUGAGAAUAGUUGGCGCGACUUUAACAAAAAUCCCAGUGCAACUCCAAAGGACAAGGAGUUAUAUGAGCUUAGACGGAAACUUGUUGAUGCUCAAAACAAGUUAGAACAACUUGAGAAAGAGAGGGUCAUACCUAAAUUAGAUCCUGACCUUGAGAAUAAGUUAGAAAAAUUAGAGGCAGAACGGGACCAAUUCAAGAUUGAAAAGGAUGAGUUGAAAACAUUCCUAGAUAGCUUAGAGGGUAGAAAUGAAGAUGACUUCAAAACAGAAAAUAUCAAAUUGCAUCGCCAGAAUGCUGAUCGUGCAAAGAAAAUUGAUCAACUUAAGGAAUUAGUUAAAGCACAACAUGAAGUGAUUGAGACUUCAAAGAUUGCAGAUAGUUCUUUGAAAGUUGAACGAGAAGCUCAUGCCGAGGAAAUUAAACGUUAUCAACUGUUGAUUGAGGAAACCAAGAAACAAGCCGCUUUUGAACAAAAUCUAAUUACUGCAGCUUGGUAUGAUAUGGGACGUCGAAUUCAAAGAGAUAAUGUUUCUUUCCAAAGAAUUACACCUACAUCCUGGAUUGGUCAACAGCGACGAACCCAAGAGGGUCAAGAGGUAGUUAAAGCAAUGAUUGCGAUUUCAAAGAUUGCAGAUAGUUCUUUGAAAAUUGAACGAGAAGCUCAUGCCGAGAAAAUUAAAUGUUAUCAAAAAACCAAAAAACAAGUCGCUUUUGAACAAAAUCUAAUUAACACAGCUGAUCUUGAAAUGAAAGUAAGUUGUCAGAAUGCUGAUUGUGCAGAGAAAAUUGAUCAGCUCAAGGAAUUAGUUAAAGCACAACAUGAAGUGAUUGAGACUUCAAUGAUUGCAGAUAGUUCUUUGAAAGAGGAAGUUAAACAUUAUCAAUUGUUGAUUGAGGAAACUAAAAAACAAGUCGCUGAUCUUGACAAUAGGUUAGAAGAAUUAGAGGCAGAAAGGGACCAACUCAAGAUUAAAAACGAUGAGUUAGAUAGCUUAGAGAGAAAUGAAGAUGACAUCAAAACAGAGAAUAUCAAAUUGCAUCGCCAGAAUGCUGAUUGUGCAAAGAAAAUUGAUCAGCUUAAGGAAUUAGUUAAAGCACAACAUGAAGUGAUUGAGACUUCAAAGAUUGCAGAUGGUUCUUUGAAAGAGGAAGCUAAACGUUAUCAAAGGUUGUUUGAGGAAACCAAAAAACAAGCUGUUGACCUUGAGAGUAGAUUAGGAGAAUUAGAGGCAGAAAGGGACCAACUCAAGACUAAAAACGAUGAGUUAACAUUACUAGAAUCCGAAAAUAUCAAAUUGCAUCGCCAGAAUGCUGAUUGUGCAAAGAAAAUUGAUCAGCUUAAGGAAUUAGUUAAAGCACAACAUGAAGUGAUUGAGACUUCAAAGAUUGCAGAUGGUUCUUUGAAAGAGGAAGCUAAACGUUAUCAAUUGUUGAUUGAGGAAACCAAAAAACGAGCUGCUGACCUUGAGAGUAGAUUAGAAGAAUUAGAAGCAGAAAGGGACCGUUAUCAACCGUUGAUUGAGGAAACCAAGAAAAUUACACCUACAUCCUGGCUUGGUCAACAACGACGAACCCAAGAGAGUCAACUUUAUACUUUUAUACAAAUAAUAUCAGCUGUUUUUGUCAAAGCUAAGCGCAACAGAAUGAUACAACUAAAAUCGAUAUUAAACGUAAUAGAUAAUUCUGGCGCUAUAUUGGCCGAGUGUAUUCGCGUAGCACAUGGAGGACGUUAUGGUCGUAUAGGUGAUCAAGUAACAGUGGUAAUUCAAAAAGCACGACCAAUUAACACCUCUACAACAGGAUCUGGUGCCACGGGAUCAACCACCGCCGCAAAAAUUGCUAUUCGCCGUGGAGAAGUUCGAAAAGCUCUCGUUGUUCGUACACGUAAAGAAACUCGACGUGCAGAUGGCCGAUAUAUUCGAUUCGACGAUAAUGCUUGCGUUUUAUUGAAUAAUCGUGGCGAACCCCUAGGUACACGGAUUUUGGGUGUUGUUGCGGCCGAAUUAAGAGGAAAAAAGUGGGGAAAAGUCGUUAGCUUAGCACCUAAAGUUGUUUAA